AUUAUAAUCCCCGGGUUGGGUCUCGCGUCCAGGAAAGCAUGAGGCCUGAAUCCUAACCAGGCCCCACACCUGGCCCCACUGUAUCCCUAAUUCCCCGCAUCCGGGAAUUAGCGGUCUGGUUUGCAGCUCGCUGCCAUCAAGGGGCCCCAAAGAGGGAGUUGCGAGACCCUCAAACUAUUCUCCCCGGACUCCGGAGACCCCAUCUAGACGCCGGUCCCUGGCACGAGCAAGGGCCCCUAACGAGGGUCUCAGGCGACAAUCUUAGGAGGUGCAACCCUUUUUAAAAGAGGAGACGGGUGGGCGCGAGCUCGGGAGCAGGCGGGCAUCAUUAUUCCCAAACCGAUAUCAGAGCUCUCGCAGACGCCCGGGUCGGGGGUGGGGGGCCCCCGGGAGAGCGUGGCUUCCGGGAUCCGCCCCGCCGGGCACCGCCCCAAAGACGCAGGCGCCGACUGGCCAACGCGACCGCGGGGCGGGACCAAACGCUAAAGGGGCGGGACUAGGAUGGCCCGGAGACGGCCUGGGCGGCGGCGAAACGCCGGAGGGGAAGCGGCGGGGCCGCACGUGGGUUUUUCGUGCAUCUCUGUAAUGCCCGAACCUAGUCCCAGGCGCAUGGAGCCCACGCGAGACUAUCCGCUGUUUGGGGGGGCCUUCUCCGCCACUCUCCCCCCCGGGGCCAUCGACGUGAGCGAUCUCCGGCCGGUCCCGAACAAUCAGGAAGUCUUCUGCCACCGCGUGACGGACCAGAGCCUGAUCGUGGAACUUCUGGAGCAGCAGGCCCACGUGCAGGGAGAGGAGGCUGCGCGAUACCACUUUGAGGACGUUUGCGGGGCGCAGGAGGCUAGGGCUGUGCAAGUGGAAACUGUGCAGCCCCUCUUUUUGGAGAACCUGGCCCUGAGGGGCUGCUGUCAAGAAGCCUGGGUCCUCUCUGGCAAGCAGCAGGUGGCUAAGGAAAACCAGCAGGUAGCAAAGGACGUGACGGUGCACCAGGCCUUGCUGCGGCUGCCCCAGCACCAGACUGAUGUCCUGCUCACCUUCAGUCAGCCCCCCCCUGACAACAGGUCAUUUCUUAGCCCUGAAAAUCUGUCACUUCUGCCCUGGAGCCUGGGUGACUUUGAACAGCUGGUGACCAGUCUGACCCUUCACGAUCCCGGCAUCUUUGGUCCCCAGUAAAGAUCCUGAAGUACCGCGUGACGCUGCUGAAGCACAUGGGGGCCCCGUUCUGCAAGGGGAGCGAGGGUUUGGAGAUAUUCCCCUAAUUCCUUCCCUGUGCAUAAACAUAAGACACCUCCUGUCUGCAGAAAUAAACUUGCUUUAUACCCAA